CUGUAUGGAAUUGAAAUAAAGGACCGGAUGUGCCCUAUUCUAGUGUCACCCCACUGGGUUUUCCGUAACUUAAUGCAUUAAAGCAACCCAAUCCCCAAUCGUGCUGGAAUAUUGCUCCUGGAUGAGAUGUUCCUUCGUUAAGAAAUGCCAGAAUCAUAUUCCUCCGAAAUGAUAUGUAUUCCAGGUCAAAGAUUGUGUCUGGCUGACAAAGAGCAUAUUCCAGGAUGUGGCACUUACGAGAAGCAUGGUUACAUAUAUUCGUCUUUAGCAGGGAUUGUUAAUGUAACAAAAAAUGACAAGAAACGUACUAUUGAGGUGCAUUGUAGUAAUGAUCAAAGUAUUGUACCAGUACCUGGUGAUAUUGUGACAGCAAAGGUUACUAUCGUGAAUCAGCGGUUUUUAAAGUGUGUUAUUAAAUGCAUAAGAGAUACUGUGCUUUCUCGUCCUUACAGAGCAAUUUUACGCAAGGAAGAUGUCAGAGCAACAGAAAAGGACAAGUUACCUAUGACUGAUGCACAUUGUUAUCAAAUUUCAACUGCAGAGAAUGAACUUGGUGUUGCAAUUGCUCACAGUGAAGCAGGUAUACCAAUGAUACCAAUAAGUUGGACGGAAAUGCAGUGUCCAAAGACCUACGUCAAGGAAUUCCGAAAAGUUGCAAAAAUUAUCCCAGAAAACAGCUUAUCUGACAAUACAAAGUCAGUGAAAGGAUAAAUUGUGACUAUUAUUAACUAAAUGUUAAUCUUGUUUUGUUUUUCUAUUCUGAAAGUGAUGAGAAAAGACAGUUUGUGUACUUACAAAUAUUGAAUGAUCAAAUAAAAAUUACAUCUCUUGCCAUUUUGCUUGUGUGAUUAUCAGUAUUUUGCAGCUUCAGAAUAACAAGAUUCAAUUGGACUUCGAGGAAAAUUUUACAGGACUUAGUAAGUUGGUAGGUAUCUAAUAAAAAUAUGAGAAAUGGUUCUUUGUUUUGUUCCUAAAAGGUUUUCUACAAGUCU